AUGCUUCUUUCAAGGUGCUUUCACAGCAGGUUAUAUGGCGUUUCCACUCCUAGUAACUUGCGACGUAUCGCUGUCAGGAGGUGGGUGUCAAUCACAGCACACGGUGCGUCGGCGGUGAAGGACCGAGUCGCCGACUCAAUGACGACGGCCACACCUACUGCUCAAGACAGCGAACAAUCUUUUGACGUCGUAGUGGUAGGGUCAGGCUGCUCAGGUCUAGCAUGUGCUAUGGUUGCAUCAAAGCACGGGCUGCGCACCAUCGUCCUCGAAAAGAGCAGCUUCAUCGGCGGCACAACAGCGUACUCUGGAGGUGGAGCCUGGAUCCCUAAUAACAUCCACCAGAAGUCUCUAGGUAUAAUAGACGAUUAUGAAUCAGCGAAUCGCUAUCUUCGCCACGUUCUUGGGGAUCUCUAUCACCACGAUGCAAUCGAUACGUAUCUGCGGCGCGGGCCAGAAAUGGUGGAAUGGAUGGAACAAAACUCAGAUGUGCAAUUCAAGCCAUGUCUUUUACCUGAUUACCACCCAGGAAAAGAAGGGGUAUGCACUGGCCGCACACUACUGACGCGAGAGUUUGAUGGACGCCAGCUUGGAAGACAACGUUUGCGCAGCAUCAGAUACACUCUGCAAGGUUACCAUGCAUUUGGGUCUUUACAGGCAGAUCCCGCGGAACUGGCCUUCCUGACGAAACCAUUUCGAAGCUUUUUGAACUUAUCCAAAUCUGUAAGGAAGAUUAUUCGAUACGGCAUUGAUAUCCUGCGAUACGGCAAAGGGUCAGAAAUGGCAAACGGCAAUGCCUUGGUUGGCCGUUUGAUGAAAAGCUGUGAUGCAGCAGGCGUCAUUGUGCGCACAAGUUCAGCCGUGGUAAGACUUGAAAAGUCAUCCGGUAAUUUCGUCGUCAAGGUCAAGCAGUCGGAUGGUAGCGAGAAGAGGAUCAUUGCCCGCAAAGGGGUGGUGUUAGCCAGUGGCGGGUUCGGCAGAUCGAAUUCUGCUCGAACACAUCUUCCACAUGAUUGGUCUAUGCCGCCCCCGAACCCAAAGAAUGGAAUUUUUGCUCCUAUCUCGUUGUUGAGAACAAAGAGUGGACAAAUCAGACGCUUCCCACACUUCUCAGCGGAUCGCACAAAGCCGGGGUCAGUGAUUGUCGGACAGGAUGGUCGUCGUUUUGCGAAUGAGGCCGAGCCAUACCAGGAGUUUGUCAACACAAUGCAUCAGCGUGGAAUUACGAAAGCUUUCAUGAUAGGAGACAGUAGGUUCCUCAAGGCUUAUGGGAUGGGAAUGGCGCUACCUUGGCCCAUGUCGCCGCGGGCUCUGAUCAGAGAUGGCUAUCUCCUGCGUGCUGAGAGCGUGGAGGAGCUUUCACGCAAGUUGCAAAUACCUUUGAAAUCACUACGGGAAACGCUUGAUUCAUGCACUAAGAAUGCUGAAACCGGAAUAGACCCCGACUUUGGGCGCGGCGAAUCUCCGUACGAUAUCUUUCUCGGCGACUCGUCCGCAGGCUUCCGGAACCCGAGUCUUGGAACCUGUCGCAACCCGCCUUAUUAUGCUGUGACACUCUAUCCUGGAAAUGUUAGCUCCACUUACGGUCUUCAGACCAACACUGCCGCCCAGGUCAUCGGCACAGGUGGGAAAUCGAUAGCAGGACUUUACGCGGUUGGCGUUGACGCAAAUUCAAUCAUGCGUGGCGAGUACCCAGGAGGAGGGUCAAGCAUAGGCGUCGGGAUGACUUUUGGAUAUCUCGCAGCUCUUCACAUAGCCGGCUUGAAACAGGAGUAA